UAGAAACUGAUAGUGGGGGAACAGGAAGUUCCGCGCAGGCGCGCAUCAUUCUUCAGAAUAAAGGAUACGUCAGAAUUGUGGAGUCGAGACGACAACUUCUGUGUCCGUUUCAAAUGUAUAACUACUGAUUAAGUCUGAGGCCGCUAACAUCAACAGUGAGGACAAACCCAGCCUGCCUCUCUCCUUCCACACUGUCCAAACCUACAGUCACUGGCUCCUGAUUGUGACAGCGGAGCCCAGUUUGCUCUGCAGGGUCCAGAGAUGGCAUCAGUGAAGCUGGAAGACUGCAGUCAAACACUGGAGCUGAAUGUCAACAUUAAAGAUGAAGAAGAGGAGGAGAAGAUUAGGAAAUCUGUUUCUCAUGGACGACUAGAAUUAAAUCUGAGGCCGGUAACAUCAAUAGUGAGGACAAACCCAGCCUGCCUCUCUUCUUCCACACUGAGUCCAAACCUACAGUCACUGGGUCCUGAUUGUGACAGUGGAGCCCAGUUUGCACUGCAGGAUUCAGAGAUGGCAUCAGUGAAGCUGGAAGACUGCAGUCAAACACUGGAGCUGAAUGUCAACAUUAAAGAUGAAGAAGAGGAGGAGAAGAUUGGGACAUCUGUUUCUCAUGGCAAGUCAGUUAAGAACAAAUUAUUAUUUACAUUGACGGCCUACCCCCGGCCAAACCCGGACGAUGCUGGGCCAAUUGUGCGCCGCCCUAUGGGACUCCCAAUCAUGGCCGGAUGUGAUACAGCCUGGUUACUAACCCUUGUCAUAGACACCAUGUUGAGACAUCCUCUACAUCCAGAGUGCAACAGCAGGAAGAUCACAGAGCUAAGUGGUCUCACCCCUGCCCACAUUGUGAGGAGAUUUUCCCAUUUCUAUCAAAGCUAAAAAUACACCUCAAAAUACACCCAGGAGAGAAUCGGUAUUCCUAUACUGACAGUGGGAAGAAUGUCACCACAUCCAAGGCUCUGACAGUUCAUCAGAGAGUGCACACAAGAGAGAAGCCUUACUUCUGCUCUGCCUGUGGGGUGAGCUUCUCUCUAAUGUGCAACCUAAAACGACACGAACGUAUACACACAGAGAAGCUUUCCUCCUGCUCUGACUGUGCGGCGAGUUUCUCUCUACUGUGCAACUUAAAACGACAUGAAUGCAUACACACAGGAGAGAAGCCUUACUCCUGCUCUGACUGUGGAAAGAGUUUCUCUCUGCUGGGCCACUUAAAAAUACACCAACAUAUACAUACUGGAGAGAAGCCUUACUCCUGCUCUGACUGUGGAAAAUGCUUCACAACAUCAACUGAGCUAAAAAAUCAUCAAAGAACACACACAGGAGAGAAGCCAUACUCCUGCUCUGAGUGUGUAAAAUGCUUCCCAACAUCAACUAGGCUAAAAGUUCAUUAGAGAACACACACAGGAGAGAAGCCUUACAUCUGCUCUGACUGUGCGGCGAGUUUCUCUCUACUGUGUAACUUAAAACGACAUGAACGUAUACACACAGGAGAGAAGCCUUAUCACUGCACUGACUGUGAGAAGAGAUUCUACAGAUUGGGCCAUUUAAAAAGACACCAAUGUAUACAUAAAGGAGAGAAGCCUCAUUUCUCUAAGACCAGCUAAGAUUAGACACUCCACUUAAGUAUCAUGUCAUUAAAUAAUUGGCAACGUUGAAUUGGAUCAAGUGAAGAAAGUGUAAAACACUAUUGUAACCCUAUAGUUUCUCACUGUGAGAGAACUGUGCCGAGGAAAGGGAGCGUUAUAGCAUGUUAGCCUCUCUUUACUUUACUGAUCAGUGUGCACCUUGUCAGUUUUGUUAAUCUCAAUAACUUUACAUUAGAAACUAACUUAGGGUUGAAUAUCCUCUGUGAGACGUCUCACAAUGGAGUCUGAUGGUUGACUGGGUGGUACUGCUUCCCUCUGAAGUUUUCUGUGGGAUUGAGCUGGUAGACACAACAUACUCUGAGUGUACAAAACAUUAAGGACACCAUGACAUAGACUGACCAGGUGAAUCCAGGUGAAAAGCUAUGAUACUUAAUUAUGUAUUUGUGGUGUAUUUAUUAUGGAUCCCCAUUUGCUUUCAUCAAAAAACAAGAAACUGCGGUGGGCUAAGGAAUGAAAAGACUGGACACUGGAAAAUUGGAAAUAUAUUGCCUGGUCUGAUGAAUCCUGGUUCCUGCUGUUUCACGCUGAUGGGAGGACUAGGGUAUGGAGGAAACCACGAGUACAUGCAUCCAGUGGUGGGAAAAUUACCUGUCAUAUUUAAGUAAAAGUAAUGAUACCUUAAUAGAAAAUUACUCAAGUGAAAGUCACCCAUUAAAAUACUACUUGAGUAAAAGUAUUUGGUUGUAAAUAUACUUAAGUAUCAAAAGUAAAAGUAUGAAUAAUUUCAAAUUCUUUAAAUUAAGCAGACCAGAUUGCACAAUUGUCUUUUUUUUAUUUUAUAUUACGGAUACCCAGGGGCACAUUCCAACACUCAGACAUCAUUUACAAACAGAGCAUUUGUGUUUAGUGAGUCCGCCAGAUCAGAGGCAGUAGGGAUGACCAGGGAUGUUAUCUUGAGAAGUGUGUGAAUUGGACCACUUUCUGUCACGCUAAUCAUAAAAAAUGUAAGGAGUACUUUUGGGUGUCAGGGAAAAUGUAUGAAGUAAAAAAUAUUUUAUUUUCUUUAGGAAUGUAGUGAAAUAAAAGUAGAAGUUGUCAACAAUAUAAAUAGUAAAGUACAGAUACCCCCAAAAACUACUUAAGUAGUUCUUCAAAAAAAAUUUACUUCAUUAAUUUACACCACUGUAUGCAUCCAUGCCGUGUGUCAGCAUUGCAGGCUGGUGGUGUGAUGGCGUGGGGUGUGUUUUCAGGGCCCACAUUGGGCCCCUUGAUAAAAGAUGAACAAUGUUUGAAUGCUACAGGAUGUCUAAACAUCAUUGCCAAUCAGGUGCAUCUCUUCAUGGCAGCAGUGUAUCCAUCUGCAAGUAGAUAUUUUCAGCAGGAUUAUGCCCCAUGCCACAAAGCUUGUUCAGGAAUGGUUCCAAGAACAUGACAGUGAAUUCAGCUUACUGCAGUGGCCUGCCGAGUCACCAGAUCUCAAUCUGCAUCUGUGGGAGGAGAUACAACGAGCUGAUGAUGAUCAGUUUUCAGCGUCAGUUUUGGUGGAUUAUUUUAUAUUACUAUAUAACUUUUGUUUAAUGAUAAACAGACUAUGAAUCGACUACUUGUGUUUAUUAAAUUGUAUUUUAAUACUAGAUUCAUUAUUUUAGUCAUUGAUGAUAAAUGUAUUUGAAUAACUGUAUUGAAGUUAAUUGAUCUGGUGGCAGGUAGCCUAGCGGUUAACAGUGUUGGGCCAGUAACUGAAAGGUCACUGGUUUGAAUCCCAAGCUGACUAGGUGAAAAAUCUGUCAUUGUGCCCUUGAGCAAGGCAAUUAACCCUUAUUUGUCCAGUAAGUCACUCUUAUCCAGAGAUCUGCUAAAUUACACAAAUGUAAUGAAAAAUGUUUGUACAUGAAUUCAUCCUCGGCAACCUCUCUUGUGUAUAAUUAAAUUAAAUAAACAGUUUGAAGUGAAAUACUGUAUAUACAAUACACAACAUUACUGCUUUGUUGACCCUGUCCCUCUGGCGAGGGUAAUAGUAAGCUGGAUUUUGCAGCUGCUGUUGUUAGUAGCCUACAGUUUCCAUACAAUACAGCAUGUCAGAUCACAAAUGAUUAGGUGUAUAGGCUUCUACAUUUUUGAAAGAGUUUUUGCUUGUGUCUCUUAACUUUUCCUUGUGGUAAAAAUGUGGGUAAAACAAAGUGUGAAUUAAAAGUGUGAAUCUCGGAGCAUCGUAGCACCAUUAGGUUCAGGAAAUCCACUUUUUGGAAGCGAACCACUUGAUUUCGUCCCUACGUUAUAUCGGCAUCGAACAUGUCACCCUCCCUAGGAGAGGGGGUGACACUGACAAUUUAUUAAAACGAGAGUCUGCCUGGAUCUUUCAUUUAAAGACCCUCGCUCCCUUCGGUCUCAACGUAGACUUUGAUCUGAAGCCAUUCUUGUGAUUGUGCUAUUCAUUGUAAAUGUUUGUAGGCCUAUGUAGCAAAAUUGUAUCUGUGAUCGUAUGCUCUCAUUCCUGUUUUUAGCAUGUUAUUUUUAUAUCUGAGAAUUAACCAAUGAUAUCGGCACACCCGGGCAUGAUUACAGACACCUGUGUGUGUCCUUUGACACUAUAUAAACUAGUGACCCAGAGUGUUUGUCAUUAUACCCUGAUGAAGACAGCUUGUCUGUGGAAACGUUGUAUAUUAGGUAAUUAAAUGAUUGCGUCUGAGCUUCUAAA